CGCACGGGCCAUGACUUUGUUCCAAUAAAACGCAAUACAUGUCAACGCCGCAUUUAAUUUAAAGUGUCCAAUUCAAUUGUAAACAAAUACCUAACCUCACAAAGGCGGCACCUUUACUUUUGAUGGAUUUUCGAUAAAAUCAGAGAAAUCCCUGGAUAGACUUCACUGUUUUAAUAAUUAAUUAGGCAUAGUUAGAUAAUAAAAUGUCACACUUGGUGGAACAUUGUAUAAUCGGUAGUGUUUGUAUCACUAUAGUGCUGAUUUUCAACUAUUCUCUGCAUAGGAUUGAAGAGGGCCAUGUAGGCGUUUAUUAUAGAGGUGGGGCAUUGCUGCCUACAACUAGUUUACCUGGAUAUCAUAUGAUGGUGCCGUUAUUGACUUCUUAUAAGUCUGUACAAGUUACUUUGCAAACAGAUGAAGUUAAAAACGUCCCGUGUGGGACAAGUGGAGGCGUAAUGAUUUAUUUUGAUAGAAUAGAAGUUGUAAAUCAUCUUAAUGCAAAUAGCAUAAUGGAUAUAGUAAGAAAUUACACAGCAGAUUACGAUAAAACGCUUAUAUUCAAUAAGGUACAUCACGAGUUGAACCAGUUCUGCAGUAUACACACAUUACACGAAGUUUAUAUCGAUUUGUUUGAUCAAAUCGACGAAAAUCUUCGACAGGCUCUUCAACGAGAUCUGCACGAGAUGGCGCCAGGUUUGUUCAUACAAGCUGUGAGGGUAACAAAGCCGAAAAUCCCCGAAGUGAUAAGAAAAAACUACGAACUGAUGGAAGGGGAGAAAACCAAGCUGCUCAUAGCAAUACAGCACCAGAAAGUGGUGGAAAAAGACGCCGAAACGGAACGCAAGAGGGCGCUGAUCGAGGCGGAGAAGGAAUCGCAGGUGGCCAAGAUACAGUACAGCCAAAAAAUCAUGGAGAAGGAAUCUCUGCAGAGAAUAUCGCAGAUCGAGGACGAGAUGCAUCUGGCGAAACAAAAAAGCAUGGCGGAUGCGGAGUUUUACAAGUUGACGCAACAGGCGGAAGUCAACAAGUUGCUGUACACUCCGCAGUUCUUGGAGCUGAAAAAAUACGAGUCGUUGGCCUUGAACAGUAAGGUUUAUUUCGGCAACGAGAUACCUCAGACGUUUAUAUCCACCCAGCAGGGCAAUAAAGAAAUUAAAUCAUGAUAAUAAAUAAAUUUAAGA